GAGCUCAGCACUUGUCCCAUCCUGACAACAUCACGGAAAUUCCUCAGUGUUUGUAAGAAAGGUCCCUGCUUUCUUGCAUCACCAUUGUUAAAGGUGUUCUACUGAAUCAUGUCUUUCUCCAGUACUAUUCAAACCAAGCAAACCAGCCAAAAGGUCCAUGGAAGCGUCCGUCAAGGAAGCAGUCGUAGCAGCGGCUAUGGAGGCUUUAGCAGUGCCUCUCUCUCCAGCGCUGGCUUUGGUGGUGGUUACGCAAACUUCAGCUCUGGCAAUGCUGCCUUUGGUGGUGGUGAUGCACUGCUCCUCGGUGGGGAGAAGCAGACCAUGCAGAACCUAAAUGAUCGUCUGGCCAGCUAUCUGGAUAAGGUCCGGGCACUGGAAUUGGCCAACACCGAGCUGGAAAAGAAAAUCCGGGAAUACUAUGAACAGCAUCUUAGCAUCAACAACAGCCAGAGCCAAGAUUAUAGCAAGUACUACAAGAUCAUUGAAGAUCUGAGAAGCAAGAUCCUGAGUAGCACCACUGAUAAUGCCCGAGUUGUCCUGCAGAUUGACAAUGCCACAUUGGCUGCUGAUGACUUCAGGGUGAAAUAUGAGAAUGAGUUGGCUAUGCGCCAAAAUGUUGAAGCUGAUAUUAACCGUCUGCGCCGUGUCUUGGAUGAAUUGACUAUGGGCAGGUCAGACCUUGAAUUACAAGUGGAAUCCCUUCAAGAAGAGCUUGCCUUCCUCAAGAAGAACCAUCUGGAGGAAAUGGGUGCCCUUAAAGGCAGCACCGGCCAAAUAAAUGUUGAAAUGGAUGCUGCUCCAGGAAUUAACCUUACCGGAAUUCUGAAUAGCAUGAGAGUAGAGUACGAACAUUUGGCUGAUAAGAACCGCAAAGAUGCUGAGGAAUGGUUCCUCAAAAAGAGCAAUGAACUGAAAAAGGAAAUUACUGUCGGCGUUCAGGAAGUCCAAACAAGUCGGACAGAAAUCUCUGAUCUUAAACGCACUCUGCAGAACCUGGAGAUUGAAUUACAGGCUCAGAUUUCUAUGAAAAACUCCCUUGAGGGUACCUUGUCCGAAACAGAGGGCCGUUAUUGUGCACAGCUCAGUCAGUUACAGGUCCAAAUCACCAGUAUUGAAGAACAACUGCAACAGGUCAGAAUUGACAUGGAAAGACAGAAUGCAGAAUACCAGAGGCUUCUUGACAUCAAAACCCGACUUGAAAUGGAGAUCGAGACCUACAGAAGGCUAUUAGAAGGAGAGAUUGGGCAUAUUGUGGUUCAGGAAACAAAGUCACAGACAUCUUCAGUAGAUUCUAAAAAAGAUCCAACAAAAACCAGAAAAGUCAAGACAAUCAUUGAAGACGUGAUUAACGGGCAAGUUGUUUCAACCAGUGUCAAGGAAACUGAAGAAAAAAUAAAUUAGCAAACUACAGAUAGUAGGGGAACAGUGCUUUGUAAAAUCAAUACCGUGCCAAUUAAACAUGAUUAUUUUUUUAGAAAGCGAGGUCAUUUCCAUGUAAAGAUGACAAAGGAAAUCCUGAAUACUGAUCACAAAGAUUUUGGGAUUUAUUCAUUAAUCAAUGAGUUGUGGACACAAGUUAUGAAGACACAAGUUGUCCAUUACAGUCCAGGUGGAAAAUAUUGUCAAGAUAGUCAUAUAGGCCAAAAUUUAGCAAACUUGUUUUCAAGUUACAUCAAUGUACAGCAACUUACUGUUUAGUGAAUAAACCUCUAAGUCUAAACGGUAUGUAACAAUUGGUUUUAAAUUGUCACUAAUAUAUAGGAAAAAAGUUAGAAUUGGAAAUGUUAACUUUUCAGAAUAAGAUUGCACAAAACGCAUUGUGGAUUGUCUAGCGCAGGGAUAGGCAACCUUCGGCUCUGCAGAUGUUUUGGACUACACCUCCCAUGAUGCUUUGCCAGCAUUAUGUGUGUAAGAGCAUUAUGGGGGAUGUAGUCCACAACAUCUGGAGAGCCGAAGGUUGCCUAUCCCUGGUCUAGCGGAUUUUGUUUUUAAAAGACAAUAUAUGUUGUUUCAGAAAAGACAAUAUAAGAAAAGACAUGUAUCCAGAUUUGCAAAGCACAUGUACCUCUUUUCUUCAUCAACUCAAUAAAGCAUUUUCGAUUUA